GAAAGAAAUCAAAGCGCGGCUCAAGACGGAUACAACGAGUCUGGUUCGAAGCAAGGGUUGCGAAAGCCAUCUGGAGACGGCGUCAAGACUGCUCUUGCCGAAAUAAAUUGCAAGAAAGAACCCCUUCGGAGAAUACGGUCGAAGAAAUUGCAUUCGUCGCCGGUCGUACAGUCCGUCCCAGACAUUCCUGAACUGCUUAACCCACUAUUGUUUCACUCGUUAGCAAGGGUUGCGAAAGCCAUCUGGAGACGGCUUUGUGCUUUCCGUCAAGACUGCCCUUGCCAAAAUAAACCGCAAGAAAGAACCCCUUCGGAGAAUGCGGUCGAAGAAAUUGCAUUUGUCGCCGGUCACUGCCCUUGCCAAAAUAAACCGCAAGAAAGAACCCCUUCGGAGAAUGCGGUCGAAGAAAUUGCAUCGCCGCCAACCUCUUCUACUACAACUAUGUUCAUCGAAAAAAAUCCGACAACUUUCUUCAACUAUACGCAAUCGAAUUACAGAAUAUGGACCAUCCGCAGAAAACUUGCCGUCAAACUACCCAAUGUACACAAUCGGUGA